AUGAGCACAUCCUCUUCUUCUCGUCGGAGACGCCGGGACUCCGGCUCCUCCAGCGAGGACGGCCACAGAGCCUCUUCCCGCUCGUACUGCGGCACUUCGCGGAGCACGCGGCGAGACGCGCUUGAUGAUCGAGGCCGCAGCUCGGCUUCGCACUACUCGUCGCGUUACUCUUCCUCUUCGCGGGCGACCGCACCUCGCGACUCGGGCCAAAGGCCGAGCAGUCGCAGAGCGCGCGGUCGCGAAGAGGAAGACAGAGACUCUCGCCCGUGCCGAUCGGGACGCGAAGACCGAGGAAGAGGUGCGAGGCCCGAGGAGAGACUCGGACGCUCCGAGAGUGGCUACGAGAGAAGCAAGCGCGACAGAGGCAGCAGAGGACGGAGGCGCAGCGAGAGCGACAGCCGAUCGCCGUCCAGAGGAGAGGGAAGGCGCGACAGGCGCAAGGCAGAGCGGGAGCCGGACCGCGAGAGAUGCCGGAGUAGACGCGAAGGAGACAGGAGACGCGACGGCGAACGGCCGUCCCGUUCGGUCUCAGACAGCGACAGCGACGGCGACAGGCAGUGGUACAAGAGGAGACGAAGAAGUGAAGAGAAGGGCGCGACGAGGGAGGACAAGACUGCGACGGAGAGAGAGACAGAGAAACGCGAGAGGGAGAAGAACGCGGAGGAGAAGGGAGACAGCAAGGGCGCAGCUUUCGUAGAGGAAGGGAAAGCGCGCCUUGACCGCCUCAAACAACUCGCGAGAGAGAGUUGCUCAAAUGGAGAAAAGGAAGUUCACGAGACGGCUGUGGCAAAGCAGGACGCGUCACCCUCUCCUUCGGCAUCGAAGUCGCUGAAAAAAGCCGAGAGCCCAGAGGCCGAGACAGAGGCGGGGAAAGGCUCCGUGGCCCAGCCAGGAAAGGAGGGCUCGAAGAUAAGCCGGCUCGAGCGAUUUAAAGCCCUUCAACAGCUGAAGCAAACGUCUGGUUCGUCGUCCUCUCUUCCGUCACCUCAAGCAUCCUCCCCAGACAGUCAGUCCAGCCUCGUCUCCGCGGGGAAAAGCCAAAGCGCCGCACCGGACAAGGCGCCCGGGGCUACGCGUUUCCAGGCCCCGGCCUCAAAGGCGUCUCUCGCCCCGUCUGUAGACAAACGAGACACUCCACAGCCGCGUCUCCGGCACCUCGGAGACACAGCGGCGGUCCAGGCCGCGAAAGCCGCCGCCUCGGCGGCUGCGGUCGCGGUUGCGGCUCUGGCGGCGCAGACGCUUUCCGCGAGCCGAGGAGGCCGAGAUGCCACUGAGGGCAAGAAGGCGGAAGGGAGAUCCGAGGAGGGACGAGGAGACAGAGUGAAGAAACCGUCGCUUCCGAGUGCAGAGGACGACAGUGGGGACGUGGGGGGCGGCAAGGGUGAGGGCAAGGAGGAAAGCGAGAGAGAGGUCGAGAUGAGCGCAGGAGACAGGGACGAAGCCCCGGCAGGCGGGGAGAAGGCGGCAGCUCUUGAGGCAAAAGGGAGGGAAGAGCGGGCAGGCGACGAAGAGGAAGACACAAGAGAGAGAGAGGGUCAUGACGACGAGCAAGCUGGACAGCAAGGACGAGGCUCGAAAAAGAAAGUGAGCAAGGCGAAGGAGAGGAAGCAGCGCCAGGUGGUGCUUCUGAAAACCAUUGCGAUGAAGACGCAGAAGGAAUGCACAUCCGGCGACCCUCUGGACGCGUUCAUGACGGCACUUGAGUCGGAAGCGAAAGAAGAGCUGGACGCAGCGAAGGAGGAGGAGCGCGGCCGCGUUGCGCAGCUGCGGUGUCUGAACACGAAGGGGAAGAAGGAAGCGCCGAAAGAGAAAAAGGAUCCGGCUGCCGGUGCUGGCACCAAUCGAAGUAUUUCUCUGGAGGAGAUCUCGAGAUGGGCCGAAAUUGAGCACCAGUUCAUUCCUGUGAAGCCUGAAGGCGAAACCUCAACCGAGCAGGGAGGGCCGACCUCUUCGUCUCCGGUUAAAGCAGAGCAAGCGGAUGACCAUGAGUCUUUGUCAACACCCGCUUCUCUGCCGUCCGUUUCUUCUCGCGAGGCAUCUCCGGCGCCGCGCCUGCAGACUCUCGAGAAAGGCGAGGAAGUGAACAAUCGCGAGGAGACUCCUCCAGAUCCUGUUAAGGCUUCUGCGAACCACAUCGCAGCUGAAGCAGCUAGGAAACAACACGCGGACGGGGGGCGCUCCCCCGUGCGAGUCAAGAGUGAGCCAGCUGACGCCGGAACCUCCGAAACCAUUAGUUGGGCUCCACCGGCGCCGGAGGGGCCGAGAGACAUGGAGGUCGACGCAGCGGCGGAGGCAGACGCAGCGGCGGAGGCGGCGGCAGCCGUCGCGGGGGCGAGUGCUGCCGGUGAGGAAGGCGCGAAGGACGAGGAUGAUGCAUACUACCGCGUGUUCAUGGAGGAGAUGAAGAAGAAGAAGGAAGAAGCGCAGAAGCGCGCGGAAGAGAGAGAGAAACGCUUGAAGAUGACUCGAGCAGUGAUGUCAGGAGCGGAUCCUGGCGCUGGAGAGAGGAAAAAGAAGAAAAAGAGGAAUGAAGACGAGGAGGACGAGCGCGUCUUUUCGGACGGUGAAGAGGAGGAGUCAAGUAGCGAGGACGAGGACGGAAAGGAGAAAGGUGCCCAGGGGGGAGAUGAAAAUCUUUCGUAUUUCGACCUCCUCUUGAAAGUCGGAGCAAAGAAACAGCUGCCCACAGUCGACCACGAAGCAUCCGCGUAUCCUCCGAUCAAGAAGAAUCUGUACAUUCAAGUGAAAGAGAUAACGUGCAUGAAAGACCACGAGGUUGACGCCCUCCGAAAGACUCACGGAAACAUCAAAGUCCGGGGAAAACAGUGUCCUCGACCCAUCACAACUUUCUUUCAGUGCGGGCUGCCCGACAAAAUCGUCAAGUACCUCACGCUUCGCGGGAUCACGGCGCCAUUCCCGAUUCAGAUGCAGGCGAUUCCCUGCCUCAUGUGUGGACGAGACGUGAUCGCUGUGGCUGAGACUGGCAGCGGCAAGACGCUGGCGUACGGUCUCCCGUUGAUUCGCCACGUGCUCUCUGUGAGACAGCAGUACAAGACCUAUCUGGCGAGCAAGAAACUUGAGGCGGAGACAGGGGAAGGCGAAGAAGACGGAGACAAAAAGAUCCAGAAAGCUCCGACCGAGGAGAAGAAAAGUGGAAAAGAGAAAGUUGUCGUCUACAAAGAUUUCAAAGACGGCGCCAUUGCCUUGGUGAUUGCUCCGACGCGGGAGUUGUGCGUCCAGAUCUUCAAGGAAAUCAAUCGUUGCUGCAAGCUGGUGGACCUCAGUGCGGUUGCAUGCUACGGAGGGGCGGGGAUUGGCAGUCGCUUGUGCAUCAAGGACCGGAAAGGCUCUCAGCGUCCCCAGACCGCUCUCGCUUUCGUUCGACUCGUCUGCCAACUGGGUGCGAUCAAGAGAGGGGUUGAGGUGAUGGUCGGCACUCCUGGGCGUCUCAUUGACAUUCUGACGAUGAACGGAGGCCGCGUGACUUCACUCAAACGCGUGACAUUCAUCGUCUUGGAUGAGGCAGACCGCAUGUUCGACUUUGGCUUCGAACCCCAAGUCACGUCCAUCAUCGCUUCGUCGAGGCCAGAUCGCCAAACAUGUCUCUUCUCAGCCACCUUCCCUCCCCACAUCGAAGCGCUAGCUCGUCGCAUUCUGCAGAAACCCGUGGAGAUUAUCGUCGGCGAGAAGGGCCGAACGGCAGCGAAUGUCCAGCAGUACGUGGAAGUCAUGGACGAGGAGAGAAAGUUCUUCAGAUUACUGCAGCUUCUCGGAGAGUGGCAAGAACACGGUUCGGUUAUCAUUUUCGUCAAUCGCCAAGUCGAGGCCGAUGAACUCUUCACGGAACUCCUCAAGUAUGGCUACCAAGCCGCGACGCUUCACGGUGGCCAGGACCAAACAGAUCGCGAAUUCACAAUUCAAGAGUUCCAGGACGGCGUGCGCACCCUGUUGAUUGCGACGAGCGUGGCGGCUCGUGGUUUGGAUUGCCAGCGUUGCGUGUUGGUGAUCAACAUGACUUGUCCGAACCACAUCGAGGAUUACGUCCACCGCAUUGGGCGAACCGGACGCGCAGGCCGCAUCGGCGUUGCUUACACUUUCUUGACGAAGGACGACGCCGACAAAGCUGAUGAUCUGGAAAAGGCGCUUACGCAGUCGGGGCAGCCGGUCCCUCAGGCGCUUUCCGAUUUGUCGUCGCAGUACAAGCAGGAGUGCAAUUUGGGGUUGCACGAGAAGAAGAAAGGAGGCGGUUUCGGCGGUCGCGGCUUCUCGUUUUCUGCCUCGGAAAAGAGCCGGCAGCAGCGCGAGCGCCAACAAGCCAAGAAGGAGCUCGGCAUCGAGAAGGACGGCGAGGACGAAGAGUUCUUCGACUCGGAUCUUCUCGCACCGGACGACGUUCUCGGGCCGUCGGCGGACCGCAGCGAGGAUUCGGGAGUCCGAGGUCCGCCCGCCGCGGGCUUAGAUCCAGUCACGGGGUUGCCGGUGAAUUUCAACGCCUCCGACGUUCUCAAAUCCUUUUCCGAUGGAAAUUCGCUGCAGUCAGCCGUCGCCGAGGCCGCGGCCAAGGCAGCCGCUCUCGCGCAGAGACAAGCUGCCUCUUUCGGCACGGGCGUGGCGAACUCCGAAGGCGCGGAGCGCGCGCGGGCCGUCGCCGAGUUGCUCAGGCGCCAAGAUGAAGAGAAGCUGCGGUCAGUCGUACCGCCUCCACCACCUCCAGGCGCACCCUUGGCGCCGGCUGCUGCAGGCGACACAUCGACGUUGUCGAUCCCUCAGCAGGCGGAGCGUAUGGCCCAGAACGCCGUGCAGCACAUUGUGGAUCCCAUCGAGCGCGCCAGGCACUUUGCCGCAGUCAAGCAGUCGCUGACAAACUACCUGACUUCGAGCCGAGCCUCGGCGGCCGCUGGAGCCGCGACCGCCUCGACGACCGGUCUCACGCCGAGUCAGCAUCAGCAACAGCUCGCCGUGGCGGCUGCGGCGGCGACCGCGGCGGCUGCGGCUGCGGGCGGCGGAGACGAAGUCGCUGAGGCGGCUACUCAGGCUCUGGAACUCUUGAAGAGUGGAUCACAAAGUCUCACGGCCUCCAUGGCCCUCCAGGCAAACCUCGCGAAACUGCGAAAUAUGUCGAGCCAAACAGCUCAGAGUGUGGCGGCGGCCUUGGCGGUUUUGUCUCCGGCGAAUGCAACGCUUGGCAAGAUCCGCGGCCUCAGUGAACGCGGGUACAAAUGUCCCAACACCGGGAACUUCGUGGAUGAAUUCGAAAUCAACGACUACCCGCAGAUUGCGAGAUACAAGUUCACGCAGAGAGAUGUGCUCAACCGGCUGAUGGAGGAGACGGGUGCAGUCCUCUACGUGAAAGGCCAGCACGUGGAGCCGAAAGAAAAACACAAAAUCAAACUCGCCCCGGGAGCGAAAUACCUGCACGUGGAGAUCAUCGGCGCGACUCCGAUCAUUGUCCAGCGUGCAAGGAAUGAAUGCCGACAGUUGCUGGAGGCGCUGGCUGUGCGGUCGUUGAACACAAGCAACACACAGACGGCGCGAGCUAUCACCGGCCGUUACAACAUUUGGAGUUAG